GCCGCGCUGAUGAAAGGCGUCACGUGGUCGGGAGGGCGGAGGUAUAAGAUGCCGUCACGCGCUGCCGUGGACCUGAAGACACACACAGGAUGCUCAGAGGAGCGCGUGUUCCGCACGACGUGAAGCCUAAACCACGCACACACACACACAUUCAGACUAACUGUACUGGAGUGAAGACGCUGAAAGCAGCAGUCCUUACUGGUUUUGAGAAGGACAACUGGGCACUUUCUGAGGAGCGCCGGUCGAGUCCCUCACAAGAGUCAUUCUCCGCACUGACCUCCAACCGUCCCGGGUGUGGUCCGUUCCGAGCGGCCAUGUACCGUCACCGUGGGGCCCCAGGGGCCCUCGCCCUCCUCCUUCCUCCUGACGGGAGCCUGCCUCCCGUCGCUCUGCGCCCCCAGCCCCGUCCCCCCGCCCCCCCCCCCGCCGUGGGCUCCCUGCAGACCCCCGAGGUUCCCUGGAGGGCCCCCGCGCUCGUACCCGGGGCCCGGCGGGGCGGGGCCGACGAAGUGGAGGGGGCCCGAGAUGAGGAAGGGGAGGAGGAGGAGCUCUUCAAGGACGUGGAUCCCAAGACGCUGGCGGCGGUCCUGCUGGAGGCGCUGAACAAGCCGCAGACCGCGAGGGGAGCGUGGGAGGAGGAGGAGGAGGUCCGACCGAGGCCCGGGGGAGAGGAAGAGGAGGAGCGCGACGAGGGGGCCGAUGCGACCACCGACGACCCCAAAGAGCCGGCGGUCCGAGCAGCGGAGAGCCGGGAGCGGGACCGGGAGCGGGAGCAGCCGGAGCUGGAGCUUGUGAUGGCGGCCGCCGCCCUGCAGGGCCGCGAGGAGCGGGAGCGCCAGGAAGAGCGGGAACGCCAGGAGAAGCGGGAGGAAGAGGAGCGGCUCACGGAGAAGGUGACGAGCCGCACCGUGAGCCAGGUGGUCCCGGUGAAACCCGCCCCGCCGCCCGGCGUCGCGGGGAAGGAGCCGACGGGGGUCAAAGGUCAGGGCUCCGCCCCCGCCGCGCCCGGCGACCUCGAUGGGGAGCCGCGGAACGAGGAGGAGGAGGAGGAGCAGCUGAACGCAGAGGAGCUGAAGAACCUGGAGGCCAUGAUGAAGGAGUUCCCCAGCCUGGGCGCCGCCAGCAAGCGUGACGACGGGGAGCGGGAGGGGCGGGGCUCCAACGACGUCCUGCCGCGGCACAAGGCCCAAGGCCCGCCGCGCGGCAGGGAGAAGCUGCGCUGGCAGGAGGAGACGCAGAAGGGCCUGGGCUUCCCCUCGUUCCGCGGCGGCAACUUCAUGGACGAGUUCGAGACGGCGCCACACCCGGCGCCUUCGCCCGACACCGACGACAUGAUGGAGGACGAGGGCGAGGGCGGCGACGAAGAGGGGGAGGAGGAAGAGGGGGAGGACCUGAGCCCCGAGGAGGAGGAGGCCCAGGCCAAGGCGGAGCAGGAGGAGGUGCGCCGGCAGGCGGCCGAGGUGCAGAGGGCCAAGGUGGAGGAGGAGAAGCUGGCCGACAUCGCCUCCGACAUGCUCCUGCAGUACAUGGUCAAGCAGAACGGCGGCAAGAGGAAGUACCGGGAGCAGGGCAGGAAGCACCCCUCGCUGCUGAACACGGCCGAGGACAAGCGGUCCAACGAGGUCCAGGAGGCGGACGAGGAGGACGACGACAUUGACCCCCAGACCAUCGACAAGCUGAUCGAGAUCUCCAGCAAGCUGCACCUCCCCGCCGACGACGUGGUGGACAUCAUCAACGACGUGGAGAAGAAGAAGAAGAAGGAGCUCCCGUCGCAGAUGUCCCCCUGGCUCCGCCCCUCCUCCUCGCUCGCCUCCUCAUCCGCCAAAGGGAUGUCGGCGUCGCCCAUCAAUCAAAUCAACUAUCUGUCGCCGAAGCAGUCCGCCCAGGCGGUCAAUCCUUUGAAGACAUGGUUCUCAGAGAACCCAGGAAGCAAGUUAGCGUUGACCAAUCAGGACCCUUGGCGCAAACCUAUGAAGCCCCAGCCGUCCAACUUGGACAUCUUCCCCCAACUCCAAACGUCCCUUUCGUCAAACAAAGGAUUCAUCGCCAAACCCCAAAGGACCUUUUGGGGCAGCUACCCCCCCUACACGGCCUACCCUGGCCCUUACCAGAAGACCCCCUACAGAGGGUACUACCCCGUUUACCUCGCGUCUCCGCCCAAACCCAAACCCCGCCACUACCUCCCCAACGCCUACCCGUACACCUUCAGCAACCCCCGGGGGACCCCGCCCCGCUACGACUACGACUUCACGCCCAGGCGCCACUACCACAGCUGGGUCCAGCCGCGCCUGAGGACGCCACCCGCGUCCGUCCAGAGGUCCUACUACCAGAACUACCUCCUCCCCGCGUACCUGCAGACAUUCCAGCGGAACGCCAACCCCCGCAGCCCCUCGCGGACCGCCGGACGCCUGGCGCCCCCUCCCCGCACGCGCUUCUACUACCCGCCCGCACCCGUGGUCGGCAGGGAGGCUCGCCGCGGUGACCAGGCGGACGAUGGUAACUAUGACGAUGUCGAUGUGCAGCAGUUGCUCGCUCGACGGCUGAGGAAGUUCCAGUGAAGAGGCGACGGCGGUGGAGCGGUCGGAGAGAGGCGCUAAAGCACAUUGAAGAGGAGGCGGAGCCGGGACCCGUGGACGUGUUCGCUCAGUACCCGGAGAGGGGAAGGGGAACGAGGGUUUCUGAAGGCAGGAGCGCUGUGGCGGAGGCUGAGGUACAGAUUCGGACGGUUCUUGUGUCGGUACUCGAGGCCUGAGGCGCCGUUCUCUUAAACCACGUUUGUAUAUUGAAAAAAGACUAGAAACGGCAGACGCACGCGUCGUCGAUUCCGUCGACGGAAUCGGAUCGCUCAGCGACCGUGAUGUCGGCCGACGAUUCUUUUCGUUCUACCUUUCGGGGAACGGUGCGGAACACCAAGAGAGCCGACGAAUGUUCGGAGAUUAACGUGUUUCAGCUUCAACCGAUUGAGAGGGGGGGGACAUUUGGAAGGUAUUUUUCGUGGUGUAUUUUCACUUGUUCCAUGACGGCUCUUUGUAGGCAGCGAGAUGCAUUCCACCCAGAGGGCCGUGAGAGCCCUUCAGAGCACCACACUGAUCAUGUAACGCCGCAACCCUGAAGUGAUGACUCAUGCUUCUGCAUAACCUUAUUGCCUUGUUGCUAUGGUGCCAUACCCCGAUUUAAACCGUACUGGGGGUGUUACCCGUUUUAUUUAUUUCGUGAGACGGUUAUUCAAUUUUGGCACCGUUCGAGAGGUCUUUGAGAGACUAAAUCAACAAUCUGUUAGACCCAUUGGAGACGAGUCAAUAGAAGGGAGGUAGGAGCAAGCUGGAGGGAGUGAUAAGGGUUUGAAUUUGACUCAGGUAAUGCAAACCAAGGCAAGUCACAUUUGAAUGGUUGUUCCCCUUUUAAGUGCUAUCGAUUUAUGAGUCUUUUUCCAUGUUUUUGUAAUAUCUUAUGAUUUUUUUUCUACCAAACAGUUACAAAAAUAGUAUCCAUUUCAUACAAGUCUGUGGACAAAUGAACGAGUUGUGUUCAAGACAUUUGGUUAAGAAAUGCCUUUUGUAAUAGCUGGCCCUACCUCAUUGGUAUUCAUGGGUUUUAUACAUCUCUUUUAUUGAAGCACCGUGUUAUCUGUAAACAAGAAUCUACAAAGUAGAGGGAAUAUACAUGAGUUUUAAAACCAUACGGUAAUGUUGAGAUACUGUGCAUUGUGAUUUUAAAAUGGAUAUACUGUAGGAGUUAAAAAUGUAAACACUGCUACCAUACGUUGAUCAUUUAUACAUUUGGCAAAAAAAAACCUGUACAAGGCUGUUGAGCUGUUAGUUUACCUUCUGUAUCAGUAUGGAUUUGGUUUAUUUGGAAUAAUUAUGAAUAAUUCCUCAUAAGAUCCAUCAUUACUAACAAAAUAAGAUAGAAAAUGAAUUGCACCUUAGUUAUUGUGGUAAAAAUAGUGAUACAUGUGUAUUGCCAUCUUUAGAAAACAUAUCAAACCGCCAAAACAAAAUCAAGGCAUUGACAAUCUUGCCCAUUAAAAAGGUUGAUUAAAAAUAAUUGUGAGUAUUGAAAUAUAUUGAAAAUAUUAAGAUUGGAACAAGUGCCAGUUUGUGGUGUAAUCUCAGUCCAAACUGCAUUCAAGGGAUGCUGAGGCAAGGGCUUGAAAGUAAUGGCAAAAUAUCAGAAAUAUAUCGGAAUGAUAACACAGAAAACAUUCUGAUAUGAUUAGUCAAUAAUUGUGCCUAUUUGUUUGAGCAAAAAAAAGAUAAAUGGAUUAGGAGAAAAAAGGAAAGGACAUUAUAUUAUUUGAAGUCAUUUUCACAUUGAAGACGUGAGGGGGAGGUUGGAGGUAUUAAUAAUAAGGGCUUAGCAAAGAGAAAGCAGAGAAAGCAAAAUGUCUGCAUGUUAAUAUAUACUUGCAUCUCAAACGUGUUGCUUCUCUGAAGAAAUAUCAAAACAGAAAAAUAUAAAAAAAUGAAAUGAUGUGACAAAUGUGUUGAGUGUUGUACAAGGCAACUAUUGUCCAUGGUCUUAAUGCUGUACUCGUUGUUCCUAUAGUACAAACAAAAUACUGAAAAACAUGCGUCUGAAAAUGCGCAUGUUAAUGACUAGUUUUGCUACACAGAAAGAAUCAAUAAAGUUCAAUAUUUUUUAAUAAAA